ACAGAAGUUUGGCAUGCCUGAGCAGUGCCACAGGUGUCACAACGCAAGCUCUCCAUUAAAACUCAGAUCCUCUCUUCCAUACAGACGCUGACAGCUUUAAAAGAGAAAGAAAGAAACAUUUCACUUUGAACCAGUAGCAGUGCGCCUGGAUCACAUUCGACAUCUCUGCACUGGAUCAUGGUCCUUCAGGCCAGCGGUGUCAUGAGUAUCCCAGCUACUGUGAGUGUUAACAACCAGCCACCUGCUACCUGGACAACCCACUACAACUGCUCUGAUGUGACAUCUGGUUACAUGAGCCGGCUCUGGUCUCAAGAUCUUCACCCACAAAACUGGACCAAGUACCAGGUGUGGGAAUGGCUCCAACAGACGCUGGACAUGCACCAAAUUGAUGCCACCAGCAUUCCCUUCCAGAACUUUGACCUUGACGGGAGGCAACUGUGCAACAUGAGCUUCCAAGACUUCACCCGGGCAGCCGGAUCCGUAGGUUCCAUUCUUUUCCAAAGCCUGACUGACCUCAAGUGGAACGGUCAGUAUGGUCAAACAGAUACGUUUACACCAGGGGACAUUAAAACAGAAAUAGAGACAGAUUUCCCUUGUUCAAUCCUCCCCUUCAAGGAAGAAUCCAACUUUUACACUUCAGAACUGUUUGAUUUCAAAACCUCAUUCCAGCCCAACACCAUAUUAUCUUCACCUGCUCCCUCAAGCCCAGAUCCCAAGCGUUCACAAGUCAAAAGACACAACCCUCGUGGGACACACCUAUGGGAGUUCAUCCGAGACAUUCUCCUUAACCCCGAGCGUAACCCCGGCCUGAUCAAAUGGGAGGAUCGGUCCGAGGGGGUUUUCCGCUUCCUUAAGUCAGAAGCCGUGGCUCAGCUUUGGGGCAAGAAGAAAAACAACAGCAGUAUGACCUAUGAGAAACUCAGUCGAGCGAUGAGGUAUUAUUAUAAACGAGAGAUUCUGGAACGGGUGGAUGGACGUAGACUUGUCUAUAAGUUCGGCCGAAAUGCUCGAGGAUGGAGAGAGUCUGAGAAGUGAAGGACUUUGUCUUCACGUGUAGCUUCCAAGUGAAACCUACUGUAUAUUUAUAACAUUAUUGAGUUUUGUUUUUUUUGAAGAACUUGAACUUAUCAUUUGAUUAUAUUUUUAAACGUUCUUUACAUAGUUUACAUUACAAAUGUACCACUAAUUUUGUAUGCAUUUGACUCUAAAAGUGUAAAUGUUUUGUAUCUACUGUGAAAAGUCAUUUGUCCUGAAUGCAAGGUCCUGUUCAUCAAGUAGAAUGAGCUCAGUUUAGAGUAGACUUAAGGCCUUUUUACACUGAACGUGAGAAUUUGGAUUGAAAAAAUAGAUCCCUUUGGGGCUAUUCACACCAAGCGCGAUCAUUAUCGACGCAAGAAAGUGAGGAUAAUUUUUGUCGCUUGUGUGUUGAUUUUUUCACUGCACGAUGAAACAGUGGUGGUGCUGUUUCAAAAACCAGUCUAAACGAACACAGAGUGGAUUCCGAGUUCUUGUUAUCAUUCAUAUCUGAGAAUUCACACGUUCUUAUAAAGAAUAUAAUUUAUUUUAAUUCUCCACUGAAUUAUGUGAUCUGAAGAGCACAGGUCGUUUUCUUCCACUUGCGCAAGUGUGAUCAUAUCUCCUGCCCUUCCGUGUGAAAAAAAUAAGAGAAUCAUUUUUCUGAACAUGAAAUAUGAAAGCAAAUAGACAUAUGAUUGUGUUGAUACAUAUUUUCUGUUUGUGUUUUUGUGCAGCUCAUGAUAUGUUCAUAACAAUAAAGGAUGUUUGUG